UGGGAUGGCGCCUCCCGACGGGGCGCCGGCUCGCCCCAUAUAAGGAGCGCCUUCGCCAUAAAAGGCAACAUUGUAUCGCUUUAUAUGGGGGCGGUGCGGCGCGGCGGGGGUGGCGGUGGAGCGGGGCCGUGAGCGCGGUGCGGGGCCGGCGGGGCCAUGGCGGGGCCGGCCUGACCCGGCCCGACCCGACCCGACCCGCGCUCGCCGCCGCGAUGUUGCCGAGCCAGGCCGGGGCCGGGAACGGCGCCGCCGCCGCGCUGGCCCGCGGCUCUGCCUUGGGCCGGGCGCCGGUGCCGGUGCCUCGUGGGGCGAACGGCGGCGGGGCGGCGGCGGGGCCGCCCGGCGGCCGCCUGGAGCGGGAGGCGCUCUACAGCGGCAGCGAGGGCGACUCGGAGUCGGCCGAGGAGGAGGAGCUGGGCGGUGAGCGGCGCGGCGUGAAGCGCGGCCUGGCCGAGGCAGCGGCGGCGGGGCCGGCGGCGGGAGCGGCGGCGGCGGCCGGCUACAGCGGCGGCGGCGGCGGGGCCGUGAGUGGCGCCAAGCCCGGCAAGAAGACGCGCGGCCGGGUGAAGAUCAAGAUGGAGUUCAUCGAUAACAAGCUGCGGCGCUACACCACCUUCAGCAAGAGGAAGACCGGCAUCAUGAAGAAGGCCUACGAGCUUUCCACACUGACAGGCACCCAAGUCCUGCUGCUGGUGGCCAGCGAGACGGGCCACGUUUACACCUUUGCCACACGGAAGCUGCAGCCUAUGAUCACCAGUGAGACAGGAAAAGCGCUGAUCCAGACGUGUCUCAACUCCCCGGAUUCACCCCCGCGCUCAGACCCCACCACUGACCAGCGCAUGAGCGCCACAGGCUUCGAGGAGACUGACCUCACCUACCAGGUGUCAGAGUCAGACAGCAGCGGGGAGACCAAGGACACACUGAAGCCAGCAUUCACCGUCACCAACCUGCCAGGGACGACAUCCACCAUCCAGACAGCCCCCACCACCUCGACCUCCAUGCAGGUCAGCAGCGGCCCCUCAUUUCCCAUCACUAAUUACCUGGCGCCUGUGUCGGCCAGCAUCAGCCCCAAUGCUGUCACCAGUGCCAAUGGAACAGUGCUGAAGACUACCGGAGCCAGUGCAGUGACAUCUGGGGGCCUCAUGCAGAUACCUACUGGCUUCACCCUCAUGUCAGGUGCUUCCCUUUCUCCGGGGACCCCUACCAUUCCUCUCACUCAGUUACAGCCGCACUCCCUGGCUCUUUCCAGCCAGCAGGGCCAAGCGGUCACGGGUACGGCUGGACAGCUGCAGCAGGCACAGCAGACAGUCUUCCGCUUCCCCGCCAGAGCUGGAGGGCAGAUCGUGUCGCUGACAGGUGGUACUAUGGCUCAGCAGGUUCCAGUCCAGGCGAUCCAGGUGCACCAGGCACCGCAGCAGACGUCCCCCUCUAGUGACAGCAGCACUGACCUUACGCAGACCUCUUCCAGUGGAACAGUGACCCUCCCGGCAACCAUCAUGACGUCGUCUGUGCCAACCACUGUGGGUGGCCACAUGAUGUACCCCAGCCCACAUGCGGUGAUGUAUGCGCCCACAUCUGGCCUCACGGAUGGUGGACUCGCAGUCCUCAACGCUUUCUCACAGGCACCUUCAGCAAUGCAAGUGUCCCACAGCCAGGUCCAGGAUCAGGGUAGUGUCCCCCAAGUGUUCCUGACAGCUCCAUCAGGCACUGUUCAGAUCCCAGUCUCAGCUGUCCAGCUUCACCAGGGAGGCUGCAAGAAGAUCCCAGUUGUGCUCUCUGCUGACCCCAAGGAAGACACAAUUGAAGACACGUUUGCUGUCAUGGUGAGCGAGAGGCGUAAUGGCAACCUGCUUGUGCACCUGGGACCCAAGCUGCAGGCCUACCCGGAGGAGCUGCUGCGGCAGCGGCAAGGCCACGAUGGCCACCCCGAGUAUCUGAUCCGGUGGAGCAUCGUUAGCUUGGAGGAGAGAGCAGCAGGCAGCAGCAGUGGCUCUUGUGCGGAAACCAAGCCGGAGAACAUCCUGAUGUGGAUGUCAGCAGAAGAGGUCUGCGCCAGCUGCCCAGUGCUGCUGGGCAAGAGGAAGCUGGACGGGCGGUGGGUAAAAGAGGAGAAGGCGCCCAGCCCGUUCCCUGCCGAUGUCGUGCUGGACGAAGCGUCGCUGCUGGAGAUGAAGGCUGAUGUCAGGAGCCUGGUGCAGCGAGCUGUCCGGCAGAUGGCUGGGACCGGGGCUCCUGAGUCCUCCAUCCUCAACACUAUCCACGUGCUGAGCGCGUAUGCCAGCAUUGGCUCGCUGACGGGUGCCUUCAAGGAGACGGGAGCCCUCGACCUGCUGAUGAAGAUGCUGUGCCACAAGGAGAAGCAAAUCCGCCGCAGUGCUGGCAAGAUGCUGAGGGCUCUGGCUUCGCAUGAUGCAGGGAGCCGGGCCUAUGUUCUGCUGUCCCUGAGCCAGCAGGACGGCAUCGAGCAGCAUAUGGACUUUGACAGCCGCUACACCUUGCUGGAGCUGUUUGCUGAGACGAUGUCCUCUGAAGAGUACUGCAUGUCCUUUGAAGGGAUUCACCUUCCCCAGAUCCCUGGGAAGCUGCUGUUCGCCCUGGUGAAGCGCUACCUGUGUGUCACUUCUCUCGUGGACAAGCUCAGCAGUGGCGCGGAGCAGGGAGGGGAGCCGCAGGAUUGUGCCGCGCCCAGCUUGCUCGGUGGGGAGAGGAGCUGUGUGAAGCAGGAGUUUGAGUUCAGCAUGGCGAUGACAAACCUCAUUUUGGGUAUGGUGCACGUGAUGGGCUGGGACCACAGGCACAAGCCGGAGCUGCUGUCCCCGCAGAGGAUGCAGCCUCGCACCGCCUGCUCCAUCUUCCAGCCCAAGGCUCCAGCCUGCCCUGCUGCUCCAGUGUCUAUGCUUGCUGCAAAUCAUGGUCCCCAGAAAAAGCAGGGUUGUGCCUUCCUGACCCCAUCAGACUUCUCCAGCCGCAGCAGCUACGUGGAGUAUGUGCAGGCAAACCUGGUGCGCGGCAUGCGGGUGCGUAUGCUGGAGGACUGUGGUGAUGUGAGAGCUGGGGAUGAAGGCGAGUUUUGCCAGAGCACUAAUGGCACUCAUGCAGUGCAGGUUUUAUGGCAGUCAACAGGUCGGACCUACUGGGUGCGUUGGCACAUGUUGGAGAUUAUUGGAUUUGGAGAUCAGCGGGAAGAGCCUGCUGGUCAGGAAAAAGUAUAUAGUCUGAUAGAGAGCUUUAAGCUAGACACAGUUGCGCAGCCGCUCUUCUCCAAGCCCUUUGGGGGGCUGUACUCCCUGCCUUACCUCGGGGAGCAGCCAAGUGACCCCGCAGAGACCCUGAGCCGUGCCGAGUGGUGGGAGUUGCUCUUCUUUGUGAGGAAACUGGAAGUGCAGGAGCAGGAUGAGAUCACCUGCCUCGUCCAACAAGAGCAGGCAGAGCAGCUGUCGGAGCUGGAUGAAGAAGGCCUGAUCCAGCUGUCGGUGUCUGCGGAGCUGGCCCAGAAAGUGCUGCGGGCGUUGGAGAAGCGGUGUGAGGGCAGCGCUCUGAGCGACCUCCGUGGCUCCCACGUCUAUGCCAAGUACUUCCUCGGCAGGGGAACUGAGCAGGAUGGCAGGAGGAGCACCAUGGUGUCCUCGGAGGGUUCCAGCUGCGGGAACACCAGCCCUGAAGCUGUGAAGGCUGAGGCGUCGGAGGAAGACCUUCCUGCAGUGGCGCUGCCACCUCGAGCCCCCGCCACAGUGGAGAAGUCAGAUUCUCAGCUGUUCAGCGAGCUCCUUCAGAGGGAAGGGCUGCUUUUGCCAGAGGUGACAGAGGAGCAAAGCAAAUUGUUUGGCAGCUCCAAGGGGGCCAGCAAGAGGGGCUUGCUGGUGAAGAUUGUGGACGUGGUGGAUGUGAUACAGAGGAGCAGCUCCGAGGUGGGCCUGCGCUUAGCUGGGCUCAAGCACAUCCUGAAGAUGCUGGAGGAGGAGGCUGGGCUUGAGCGGCAAGUUGGCAAAGCCCAGGGCGGGCUGGGGACCAGAGAGAAGGUGGUGAAGAUGGCAGUGGAGCUGCUGAGCACUGAGGUGGCGGAGAAGGCGCUGGUGACGGUGACGCUGCGGCUGCUCGCUGUGCUCAUGGUCAAGUAUGACUGGCGUGUGCUGUUUGCCACAGAAGGUGGUGUGCGGGCUGUGCUGGCCUGCAUGCAGCAGCACGCCUCCUCUGCCGUGGUGCAGCAGGCUGGCCUGGCGGCCCUGAAGGUGUUGGUGGGAGCCGGGAGCAGCGAGCCGGGAGGUGCCGGUGGGAAGCCCUUGCCCCUGAACCAUGCCGACGCGCAGAUGAUGCGGGAGAUCUUUGCCAGCAUCGGCUCUGCCUCCAGCGAGGGCUCAGCAAGCCUGCUGAGCGCCAUCCCUGCUGCCAUGAGCACCAUGCAGAGGGUGGCAGGGGGCUCCUCGGGUGUGCGGAAUGGCUUGCUGGUGGUGAACAUGCUGAUUGACAGCCACCAGGGUCUGGCAGAGCAGCUGGUGAGCUGCGAUCUCCCCGCAGUGCUGCGGAGCUGCUGGUGGGAAGGGCAGAGCACGGGCUGCGCCAGCAAGACGCUAGCCCUGAGCGUGAUCAACCGCCUGGCAGAGCACGAGGUGCCCCUGAGCCUGGAGACGGCAGGUGCCGAGGCCCCGCUGGACCUGGGGGAUGUGAACAUGCGGACGCUAGUGGGCAGCCUGUGUGAGGGCGGCCUCUCCAGGGAGGCGGUGGCGGCCCUGGAGCGGCAUCUCUGUGGCAAGGGCACCAUCCCCUCUGGCGAGGCAGGCCAGCUGCUGUGGGACCGCGAGUGCUUCGUGCUGCUGCUGCGCAGCUUCGAGCUGCUGGGGGCAGAGAAGGCUGCAAGCCUGAGCGUCCUCAGGAUCCUGAACAAGUUCCUGGACGGUUACCAGGAGGACCUGCUGCCGUGGCACGAGUGUGUUGAACCCUGUUUGUCCUCCAUGAGUGCCCACAGCAAUGACCAGGAGGUGGUACAGGAGGUCGUUCACUUCCUGCACCGCCUGGCCACCGCCAGCAAGGACUGUGCGGUGGUGAUGUGCCGUGUGGGCACCCACGAGGCUUUGGGCAAAGCCCUGGACAAGCACAGUGCGGCUCUGCCAUUGGCGCCAGCCCUGCGUGACCUGGUGAGCGACUGUGAGAAGUACGCCAGCCUCUACAGGAAGCUGACGACCAGCAUCUUGGCUGGCUGCAUCCAGCUGGUGCUGGGGCAGAUUGAGGAGCACCGCCGGAGCCACCAACCCAUCAGCAUCCCCUUCUUCGAUGUCUUUCUGCGCAACCUGUGCCGAGGCUCCAGCGUGGAGGUGAAGGAGGACAAGUGUUGGGAGAAGGUUCAGGUCUCCUCCAAUCCCCACCGCGCCAGCAAGCUCACAGACAGGAACCCCAAGACCUACUGGGAGUCAAACGGCAGCACUGGCUCCCACUCCAUCACUGUCUACAUGCAGUGUGGCGUGGUGAUCAGAGAGAUGAGCAUGCUGGUGGCCAGCGAGGACUCCAGUUACAUGCCAGCCCGUGUUGUGGUGCUGGGGGGAGACAGCCCUGCUAACAUCAACACUGUGCUCAAUGCGGUGAGCAUCCUGCCCUCGGACAGCAGAGUGAUCCUGCUGGAGAACAUGACCCGCUUCUGGCCCAUCAUCCAGAUCCGAGUGAAGCGGUGCCAGCAGGGCGGCAUUGACACGCGUGUGCGUGGCAUCGAGGUGCUGGGUCCCAAGCCCACUUUCUGGCCCAUCUUCAAGGAGCAGCUAUGUCGGCGGACGUUCCUCUUCUGCACUGCCAGGGCUCAUGCGUGGUGCCAGGAGAUUUGCCAGGACCGGGGGUGCUUGCUGCAGCUCUUUGGCAGGCUGAACCGGGCCCUGCGGCAUGAGCAGGCCUUUGCCGACCGCUUCCUUCCUGAUGACGAGGCGGCCCAGGCCCUGGGCAGGACCUACUGGGAGGCCUUGGUGAACCCCUUGGUGCAGAGUAUCACCAGCCCAGACCCCAGUGGCAUCAGCCCCCUGGCCUGGCUGCUAAGCAAGUAUCUGGAGAGUGUGGAGCUGCCCCGCUGUGCCACGAGCUGCAAUGCUGUCUUCAGCUCCCGCGUGCGGUGCCUGACCCAGCUCCUGGUGCAUGUGGACCCCAGCAGCGCAGAGCUGGAGGAGGCAAGAGCCCCUGGCAGAGCUGGUGGGAAGGACGGGAAGAACAAGGAGGUGCCAGCUGGGGCCGCAAAGGUGGCGGCAAAGAAGCCGAGUGGCCUGUGGGGCAUCUCGCAGUGCUGGCGUGGUGUGGUGCAGCAGCAGGUGCAGCGGUUUCUCGAGGCAGCAUGGCAGGCGCCAGACGUUGUGGAGAGAUACUGCAGGCUGUACCAGUGCCUGCGCAGCGCCACCGUGGAGCUCUUUGGGCGUCAGGCUGCUUUUGCGCUGGCCCUGGCACAGGGCUUCGCAGGGGCCUUGCUGCAGCUUUCCUUCCUGACUGCCCUGCACGUGAGUGAGCAGUUCGCCCGCUACCUCGACAGGCAGAUGCAGGAGCUGCAUGGGGUCGUGGGCAGCACGGGGCCGCUGCAGCAGAUCCUGGAGCCCUUUGUUGUCUUCUGUGGCCUGGAGCUCGCCCAUACCUUUGAGCACUUCUACCGGUACUACCUGGGGGACCGGCUCCUGGCGCAGGGGCCCUCGUGGCUGGAAGGGGCCGUCGUGGAGCAGCUUGGGUUGUGCUUCCCCGGUCGCUUCCCCCAGCAGAUGCUGAGCAACUUGGCCGAGUCAGAGGAGCUCCAGCAGCGGUUUUACCUCUUCCAGCUGCAGGAGCAGGACAAGCAGCUGCUGGAGCUGGACACGGGCCUGGAGAGCCCCGAGGACGAGGUGCUGGGGGAGGCAUCCCUGGCGGAGGUGCCAGAGGUGAAGGUGCUGGUCCUGUCCCCGCGCUGCUGGCCCAUUUCCCCGUUCUGCUACAUGGAUGAGCCCGGGAGGUUUUUCUCGGCAGCCCUCAGCUCCCCCCUGGCCAAGUUUGCUGACUUCUGGAGGCAGAGCCAGAGCCAGCUGGGCUGGGAGUGCACAAAGCCCCGGCGGUUGCAGUGGACGUGGCUGGGCCAUGCUGAGCUGCAGUUUGGAGACUGCAUCCUGCACGUGUCCACGCUGCAGAUGUACAUUCUGCUGCACUUCAACAGUGUGGAGGAGGUGGCUGUGGAUGCCCUGCUGCAGGCCACUGGGCUCCCCGUUGACCUGGUGCACCAUGCACUGACACCGCUGACCCACGGUGAGGGCGUCCUGGUGCAGAGCUGCACGCAGGGGGCUCCAGGUACUCUGCGGCUGAACCGAGUGGCCCUGGCUCAGGCCUCUGGCCGGCGCCUGAGGCUGCUGCCCCAGCAGACAUACCUGAGGGCAGAGAUGGCUGAAGGCAGUGCCUUGGAGAGGAAGAGGAACGUUCUCUGCUGCCUCAUCACCCGCAUCCUCAAGGCGGAGAAGCAGCUCCACAUUGACAACUUGGUGUUCAGGGUGAUUGACGCCUGUCAGAAGGGCGAGUUCGGACCGGGGUUGCAGUUCCUGAGCUUCUGCUGCCACAGCGUGGACGUGCUGUCCUGCAUCCUGCACCUGCUGAACCAGGGCUAUCUCCGGCGCCAGGAGGGGAGGCCCCAGGUCCUGGAGUAUGUCUUGGCUGAACCGACAACACCUCUCGGGGGCCAGGCACAGAUGGUUUUCCAGAGCAUGGCCUCAGAAGCACCUCUGGAUGAGGACAGCAUAGGCUGCUUGUGUCGAAGUGGCAUAUUUCUCCAUGUCAGGUCGGAUCCUGGUGUAGACAGCUCAGAGGAGUUUCUAAUGGCGACACUGCAUGUGCCAAUGGGGCACACGCUUAGCCCAGAGGAGGCAAAGCUGCUCAUGAACCAGACGGUACAGCAAGUCCAGGAUACCCUGAACAUCCCAAGUGACGUUGCUCAGCAUCUCCUCAUGCACUGUAGGUGGAAUGUGGAUUUCCUGAUCCAGCGCUACACAGAGGACUGUGAGACAUUGCUAAUCUCCUCAGGGCUGCAAGUGCAGGAUGUUCAGCACCCCCCAAGCCCAGGAGCACACUGCCCAGUGUGCAUGAACCAGCUGUGUCCCACUGAGAGACCACCAACCCUCUGCUGCAUGCACUACUGCUGCAAGCCCUGUUGGAGUGAGUAUCUCACAACUCGUAUUGAGCAAAACAUGGUCCUCAAAUGCACCUGUCCCAUUUCUGAGUGUUGCGCACAGCCGACUGCAGCCUUCAUCCAUUCCAUCAUUUCUUCUGAGGAGGUCAUAGCCAAGUAUGAAAAAGCCCUCCUCAGAGGCUAUGUUGAGUGUUGCUCCAACCUGACAUGGUGCACCAACCCACAGGGCUGCGAUCAGAUUCUUCGUAAGGAUGGACUUGGCUAUGGGGAAGCCUGUUCCAAAUGCUCCUGGAUGUCCUGUUUCAACUGCAGCUUCCCAGAGGCUCAUUACCCUGCUAGCUGCAACCACAUGUCUCAGUGGGUGGAUGAUGAUGGGUACUAUGAGGGAAUGACAAGUGAAGCCCAAAGCAAACAUCUGGCUAAACUCAUUUCCAAGCACUGCCCAAGCUGCCAGGCUCAGAUAGAGAAAAGUGAGGGCUGUCUGCAUAUGACGUGUGCCAAGUGUAAUCAUGGCUUCUGCUGGCAUUGCCUCAAGCCCUGGAGGCCAACCCAUAAGGAUUAUUACAACUGCUCUGCUAUGGUGAGCAAAGCAGCUCGGCAGGAGAAACGUUUCCAAGAUUACAAUGAGAGAUGCACCUUUCAUCAUCAGGCAAGGGAGUUUGCCAUGAGUCUGAGGAACAGGGUUUCUUCCAUCAGUGAGAUGCCAGAAAUUAGAACUUUGACCUUUGUUCUUGAUGCCUGCAAAGUGUUGGAACAAGCACGGAAGGUGUUGGCCUACUCCUGUGUGUACAGCUACUAUAGCCAGGACAAUGAGAGGAUGGAUAUCAUGGAACAGCAGACUGAGAGCUUAGAGCUGCACGCCAACACUCUGCAGAUCCUACUGGGCCAAAACAUGCCAUCUUACCUGACUCCCCUGACACAGAUGAGGAAGAGGAUGAAGAUGAGGAAUGUGAACCGCAGUGGCAGGAAGACUAUGAUGAUGAUGACCUUGAUGAAGACAAUUUUCUGUAUGACGAUGAGUCAGAUAACCUCGAUCGUGACUCUUACUUCGAUGAUGACUAUGACUAGAGGUGGGCUGUCACCUGGCCUGCCAGCCUGGACUCCAGAUUCCAGGUUGUCUCACCCUGCUUGUCUCUGUAUCUCUUCUCAAAGACUGGGGAGAGCUCUCAGAAUGAAGAGACAUUUCCUUUGGGGACUGCUUGCUCACUGACUCUGAUUUAACAUGCAGAGCCGUUGCUCUGGACACAUAGGCUGUGUUACUGUGGUUACUCCUCUCAGAAAAGCAUCUCCUCCCCUUUCUCCCUUGUCUCUGAAGGGCCUUUCUACCCCUAGGUCUAAUCAUUGAAUUGAAUGAGAAAAUCGCAGCCCAGCUCCAAAGUGAGGACUGCUUGGCACCUGUUAAAGGAUUGUUUCAUGUCUUCUGGGGUCCUGUCCACAAGGGCUGGGCACAGGGACAAUACAGUGGCACACCAUGCAGUGGCAUGUGUUGUGUCAGGGCACUGUCUAAUCCAGCCAGUGGCAAGAAACACUGUGAAGCAAUGUGUUUACACUCAAGUGAAAAUCUCUCCUCUGGAGCUGGUGGGGUCUCCUCUGGAGCAACACAUCUUAUGGAUGGAUAUGGAUCAAUGCAUGUGUCUAGCUGAGGUGACAGUUUUCUGCCCUAGCAUUUUUGCUAUUUGUUGUUGUUGUUGCUGCUGCUGCUGCUUUCUAUCCUGUGAAGCAGGAAGGGCUGCUACGAGUGGCACAAGUUUGCAGGGUUGUUUUUCAGUGUAUAAAUACAUGGAACACGCAUGCACAGAAGCUGUUCAGAUUAUACUUUACCUUCACCCCCCCCCAAAAAAAAACCCAAAAAACCCAAUAAAGGAACAGGGUUGAAAAAAGUUAUGUUUAUAAAAUAAAUAGUUUUCUUCUAGCACCAGCCUCUAUGUCCUGUAUGGGGGCUGCAGGUGCAAAGUCAGAGCAGGACAUCCUGGAGUGAGGGGCUGUGACCCAGACAAGCUCAUCCCAGGAAUGAGUUGUGAAACUCAUGUGGUUUAGGGAUCUAGGCCCAGGCCAGGCUGUCUGCUCUGCAAAGAGUCCUUUCCAUCCUGGGUGGUUGAGUGAGUAGCAGGGAGGUGUGAGUGGGGUGGGGAAGAGGGUGUGGGACCAAACUGCAGAAUGAUGGGAACCAGUGGUGCUGGUGUUCAUGGGAGCAGAUGUGAGGCAGGUGCCCAUGUUUGUAUGCUGAUGAGGAUGAUAUCUCGUACCUUGUAGGAGGCAGGCAUGGGGCUACUCUCAAGACUUGGAGACAAUUUGGGGAUAUAUGGGACUGUUCUGUAGGUGCAGGGCUGUUCUCAGGGUCUGAAGGGUCAUUCUCCAGGUCUGCAUUUGUUGCCUGGAGUUGGGGGGCAUUUGGGGGAGGGUGCAGCUGUUUUGAUGCAUCUGGAGGCCCUUUGAGGCAGGGGACAACUGGCAGGGGCAGGCUGGGGCUAAUGGGGAUGCCUGAAUUCCUUGUGGCAGGGCAGGGCCUCUACGGAUGCUUGGAUUUUCUGAGGCAUAUGGGACAGAGCAGAGUCCCCUGGACUGAAUUCGCUGUGUGGUGCAGAACAGGACUUUCUGGAUGAUUGGGUUUCCUGGGCUGUGUGUGGCUGAGCCAGGCCUCCUAUACACCUUGGUUCCCUGGAUUGUUUGUGUCAGGGCAGAGCCUCCUGCAUGCCUGGAUUCUCUGAGCUGUUGGGAUCCAGAAACAUGGCAUGGAAAUAUCUGGGAAUCUUAGAGUCACAGUGUAAUUUUAGACUGGAAGGGACCUCAGGAUGUCAUCUAGUCCAACCCCCUGCUCAAAGCAGGUCUAAUUAGAUCAGGUUGCUCAGGGCCAUUUCCAGUCAAGUCUUGAACACCUCUAAGGAUGGAGAUUGCAGAACCUCUCUGGGCAACCUGUUCCACUGACCGUUGUCAUGGUAAACAUUUUUCUGUAAUAUCUAAUAAGACUUUUCUGUGUUCCAAUUUG